UCUCCUUCAUUUGCUCAUUCUUGCCUCUUUCAUUUGCUGGCCUGUUACCUCGCACCACCAAUCUGCUUCUCUCGUAUUUCUCUCUCUAUUGUACUGGAUGGCUCUUUCUCAUUCAUCAUUCAUCAUUACACUAUCUCAGGCGGACGUUCCUGCUCUUCCUUCACCUCACAAUACCGGCUCAUUGUAAAUCAACCUCUAGAAGCCAUGAACGAACAGCUCAGCCGGACACUCCGUAGCUAACGAAUAACUAAUACCUUUCUAAUUUACAGCUCUAUUUCUCCCUCCAUGCCACCCAACUGUCCUGUGCCCCUGGUUCGCAUCGCCGUCUGACCAUGAUUUACGAAAUGUCUUUUGCCAAAAUCGGCGGCAUUUUCAAGAACUACAGUUGCUACAUCGUGCUGGCAGCCUAUGUCCUCUUCGAUGUCCACUAUUUUAUUCGGACAGUGCUGGUCGUCACUGGAAAUGUCCUUCUUACCAAGCUGAUCGGCAGGAGAGACGUGAUGGAGGAAGAUGGUUACAAAGCUAUCUGCCUCACUACAGACAUGGAUUUUCAAUGGCAUAUGAACAAUGCACGUUACCUCCGUGAGUGUGACUGGGCACGCUUUUCAUUCUGGAUCCGUAACAGUGGCUUGAAGACAAGAGGUCGAAUGUUAGUGAAGGCUUCAACCAUCCGAUACAGGCGCUCCAUCCAGUUGUUUGAUAUUUACACAAUUAAGACAAAGAUUCUCAGCUGGGACAAUAAAGCUAUAUAUUUGCAACACGUAUUUGAACGACAAAAAGAUAAGUUCAUCUGUGCUGUUGUUUAUAUAAAUCUGGCUUUGUUGGGAGUCACGCCACAAGACCUUAUUUAUGAAAUUGAAGGAAGAAAUAUUGACCCUCCUAAUGUGAGUCCAGAACUACAAAAAUGGAUUGAGAGUAACCAACUGUCAAGUGAAAAGCUACGGAAGACUAAUUAAUUAAUUACCUAAUUAAUUAACCAAUUAAGUUUCCCAGUGAGGUCUUAGAAACUUUUGACCACCUCUCUACUAUUUAUUUUUUUGGUUUUGUUUUUUAAAUGUUUAAUGUUUCUGUUGUUGUUGUUGACCAACAUAUGUUAUUAACUCAUACAUUAACAUAUCAAAUAUAUUUUUUCUUAUGGAAAGAUCAUCUUUUGGUUUGCUUUUUGAAGCAAAUAAUAAUAAUAAUGAUAAUGAUAAUAAUGGUGGUGGUGAUAAUGAUGUUGAUUUCUCCCACUGUCACAAAUUUUUAAGAGAGAGAUAUAAUUGACUGAGUCAUUGUAGCAUAUGGCUAGUAGUUGUUAUUUGUCAACCCUAGCAGGAUUUGAACCCAUAAUAUAGAUGGACAGAACCAAAUAUGAAAGGCUACUGAUCUGACAUUUCAUAUCAUCAUUUCACCACUUUAAUAUUAAUAAUGAUAAGAUUGUUGAUGAUUAUAAUAGCAAUGAUGACUUUUGAUUUGUUAGAAAUGGUUUGUGUAAAACAGAAAGAAAUAUAGAGUAAGCUAAAUAAUGGUGGUCUCUCUUCAGUUGACUGAACAGAAAAUAAGCAAAGCUCUAUAAUGUUUCAUUUUCUCUGCUCUAUUAACUGCAAUGAAAAUGAUAAUAUGGUUAACAAUUUAGAAUACCAAUAUAUUAAAUAUUAUUGAGUAAAAUGGUUUAACCUUUGUAACUAUAUUUCUGUCAUUAUUAAACUGGUAUUUAGAACUUAAAUGAUUGUGAAAAUUUGAUAGAAGAUUUUAAUUUAGGCCGCUUUAAAACAAUAAGUUUGUAUCAUAGAAGUAGGGUUGGUCUCAGGUGGAUUGGUGUCAAAAGAUUUUAGGUUUGUAAUUUGAGAUUGUUUACUGGAAAUAUUUUCCAGAAGUUACUGCAUUAUCUUGGGACAGUGGUUAGAAAACAUUUUUUAAAGCUAUUUUACAAAGUAGAAUUAUUCCAACUUCAUUCUCUAUUCCUGAAUUAUAUCAUUUUAGAUUUUAUAAAGUCAAAGGUUUCAUGUUGAAAUCAUUGGUUUGUUCUUGAUAUCAUGCACAUAAGAUAUAAUACAAGAUGAUGAUGAUGGCAACAAUGAUAAUGAUGAUUUCUCCCUCUGUCAUAAGGUCACAAAUUUUUAAGAGUGAGAUAUAAUUGAUUGAAUCAUUGUAGCAUAUGAUUGGUAUUUGUUUUUGUUGAUCCCGGCAGGAUUUGAACUCAUAAUGUAGAUGGACAGAACCAAAUACCGAAAGGCAAUUGAUCUAACAUUUCAUAUCAGCAUUUCACCAACUUAAUAUUAAUAAGAAUGUGGAUGAUUAUGAUAGUGAUGAUGACUUUUGAUUUCUUGUAAAUGGUUUAUGUAAACCAUGAAAGAAAUAUAGAGUAAGCUAAAUAAUGGUAGUCUUUUAUAAAGUCAAAGAUUUCAUGUUGAAAUCAUUGGCUUAUCCCUGAUAUCAUGCAAUUAAAAUAAAAUAUACGUUUUGAAAAACAAGGGUUAGUGACAGGAAGAGCAUCAGGCUAUAAAACAAUACCUCAUUAUUAUUAUACUUGUAUAAUAAAUGGUAUGGAAAAAUGGACAUAAAAAAAAAUGAAACAAGAUACAGCAUACAGAAGAAUUCUUCCUAAUAUAUUUUUUUCACUUUGUAUAAUAGUUUUCUACUAUUGGUUUAUGGUGGUCAAACUUAAGGUCAAGGUUAGUGAUGUUGGUAGCAUUGACUGGACGGAGAUUUUCCUUUCAUUAAAAAAAAAAAAAAUCAGCAAUCUCAUUCUAUUCUUUCUCCUGUUUUGUCAGUCUCAGUUACAUCAAUACAUGAGACCUAUUUGGUUUUAGACCUUAAGUCACUGGUUCAGAAGUUAAAAUCCAGUGACUUAAGGCAGACCACACAAACCAGAAAGCUUGCUAUGAAAAGUUGGCUGCAUUCUGUUUUGUGAUCAAACUUACAUAUCUCGAUGUCAUGUCGGUAUAAAAGGCUUAGGUCAGUGAUUCAAAACAAAGCUCAGUGACCUCUUUUCCCCUGAGGAGAUUUGUUAUGAGGUGUCGAGUUCAUCUUCUCUUGUGAUUAAAUCUCUUUUGCUGGUCUCAUGCUGGAUGUAACGUUUGACUGAAUCAUAUUUGCUUUUGAUUUUAAACCUUAGUUUACUUUAUCAGUUUUUUUUGGCCUGUGACUCAGUGAUAGGUUGUACCCAUUUUAAGCCAUUCUUGUUGGAGUUUGUGUACAUACUUACUGAUCUAAAACUUUAUGUUGAUCAGUAUGCAAAACUUCAUGAUUUUUUUUUUUACCCGAGUUGUCAGUGACUUAGUGUAGGUUACACAUGUAAUUAUAAAGGUAUUUGUGUAUGAAUAUGUAUCUAUGAACUAAUUCGAUAAACAAAUAUAAAACAGGAAAAAACAAUUAUGUGAAUGAAUGUGUGUAUAGAUACAGGAAAAACAGGCAAAACCAAUUGUAUGAAUGUGUGUAUAGAUAAGUUUGGGUAUACAUGUAAAUUCUUACCUGAUUAAUCUGAAAUGGUUCUGAUACACAGUUGCAACUCAUAAUGUCUUUGGGAAUGAUAAAUAUUACAACACAUCACUCCCUUUCCUCUAUAAAUUUGGUUUAACCCAUUUAGUUACAUAUUGUACUGGUCUAUUCUCAAAUGCUAUGAGGUUCAAAUCAACUGGGGUUGAUAUAAGUACUAGUAAUAUAAUAAUUGUAUCCAGCUAUUUAAUUAUAAGGGUGGUUGUCAUAAACCUGAAAAAAACUCUGUUUAAUGUGAAGAUCUGUUUGCCCAAAAUGGUUUAGGGUCCUUUGAGUGUUUAUCACUUACAGACUUAAUCCGCUUCCUCUUAAUUUAUAAAGCUCCCUCAUUUAUUGUAAA